AUGCAAGCUGGUGCGCCCGGCUACCCACCUGACACCUAUCACAAUGGCGGUCAUCCAAAUUUUCCCAACCCAGGAGGUUACGGCUUCGGAGCGCAACGGAUGCCAGAAGAGCAAAACAUUGGUGCUGGUUGGGUCGGUCUUGCAGCGCCGGGCACAGUGCUCGCACAGGCUCAACCCCGGCACACUCAUGCAGGCUACAACGAGACUCACGAGCGCAUCAUGCGGCGUAGGACCGUCAAGAAGCUGGCACUAGAGAAUGGAAACUUGGUCAUCGAGACGCCUGUUGCGCCAAACAUCUGCAAGCAGAACCAGAGCAAAGAGUUCACGCAUAUGCGCUACACGGCCGCUACGUGCGACCCCGAUCAGUUCAUCGCUCAGCGCUACGCGCUUCGACCAUGGCUGCUGGGCAGAGAGAUCGAGCUCUGCAUCGUGUUGACCUCGUACAACGAAGAUGAGCAACUGCUGGUCAGAACUCUCAACUCUGUGAUCAAGAACAUAGCCUACCUGACCUCACGGACCAAGUCAAAGACCUGGGGCUUGCAAGGCUGGACCAAAGUCGUGGUGAUCUUGGUCGCUGAUGGGCGAAAGAAGGCGGACAAGCGCUUCCUGAAGCUUUUACAGCUGAUGGGUGUCUACCAGGAAGGAGUGAUGGUGGAUCACGUCAACGACAAGCCGACCGUUGCCCACAUCUUCGAGUUGACUUCGCAAGUAAUGGUGUCGGCCAACGGCUCGGUGGAGGUAUCCCAGUGUCCUAUUCAAGUCAUGCUGUGCCUCAAGGAGACCAAUGCCAAAAAGCUCAACUCGCACAGAUGGUUCUUCAAUGCUUUCUGUGCCCAACUCAAACCCAAUGUGUGCAUCCUGCUCGACGUUGGAACCAAACCAGCAGCAAAGUCCCUUUACCACCUUUGGAAGGCUUUCGACAAUCAUCCAAAGUGCGGAGGAGCUUGUGGCGAGAUCACAGUGGAAACGGGUCGCGGCUGCUGGCAGCUGGUCAACCCGCUCGUCGCGGCACAGAACUUUGAGUACAAAAUGUCAAACAUCCUAGACAAGCCGCUCGAGUCGGUGUUUGGGUACAUUACCGUCUUGCCCGGAGCCUUCUCCGCUUAUCGUUACAAGGCGCUGCAGGGGAGACCGUUGGAGGCUUACUUUAAGGGAGAAGCGCUGCAUUCGGGUGCUGUGCAUGGGGGCUCAUUCUUGGGCAACAUGUACCUCGCGGAAGAUCGCAUUCUGUGCUUUGAACUUGUUGCUAAGCGAGGGGAAGGCUGGCUGCUCAAGUACGUCAAGAGCGCUCGGGCCUCUACAGAUGUCCCCGACAAGCUUCCAGCGUUUAUCGGACAGCGUCGAAGAUGGUUGAACGGAAGCCUGUUUGCAGCAAUCUACUCUACUUGGCACUUUGGGAGGAUGUGGACCAGCGGUCAAGGAUUUUUCAGGAAACUCCUCUUGCAGUUCCAGGUCAUCUACUCGCUUGUACAGCUCAUCUUUGCCUUUACCGGCAUUGCCAACUUUUAUUUGGCCAUCUACUUCUUGUUCUCUUCUGCCACGUCCGACGACAAACACGAUCCGUUUGGUGGCCAGGGAGACUCGGUGCUGCAGAUUGUCCUCAAUGCCCUGAUCGCCAUCGUGGUGGUCUGCUUGAUCCUCAGCUUGGGCAAUCGGCCGCAAGGAUCUAACCUGGCUUAUCAUGCUGUCGUCAUACUUUUGGCCCUUCUGAUGGGGGUCGCGCUGUACACUGCUGGCUUUACCAUCUUCAUCGCUGCUGACGCUGCGGGACUUACCCACCUCUCGGGCUGGACUGGUGACAAUAUCCUUCAACUCAUCAAGCUUGACUCCUUCAGAGACAUUGUGAUCUCGCUUGCGAGCACAUAUGUUCUAUGGGUCAUCGCCUCCAUCAUCCACUUUGAGCCUUGGCAUCUCGUCACUUCCUUCGUCCAGUACCUGUUCCUGACCCCUUGCUUUGUCAUUGUUCUGGCAAUCUACUCUAUGGCGAAUACUCACGAUUUGUCGUGGGGUAAUCGACCUGCAGAACCUGCGAAAGACUUGGGUAAAGCUUCUACCACUGGCGGGAAGGAUGGCAAGCCAGGCCAAGUCGAGGUGAAAACGACGACAGCAAACGAUGCUGCAGAGCUGUGGCAAUCCGCUCAGCGAGAAAUGGCAGUACCUCGAGUGGAGGAGAAGGAGCACCGAGCGCCGACACAAAAAGCUGCAGAUGAGGCGGCGACGUUCAGGACGAAUCUGCUUCUCAUCUACAUCCUUGUCAACGCCGUCCUGGUUCUCUUCUUUACAUCCUCGUACUGGAAACGCUUUGUGGGACGCAAACUGCCGGGGUCUUCUGAUCCGUACAUGGCUGCACUCUUUUGGUCCACCGCUGGAUUGAGCGCUCUGCGCGCGACGGGCUCCGUGCUCUACAUCGUCUUCAGGAUAUUUGGACACUGA